AUGUCCAAUCAGUUUCCAUCGCUCAAGCGCGCCCAGACGGAUCUCCCAGCGACGUCAACAAGUCCGCUUCGACACGGAUCAAACGCGUCAACAAACUCAUCCGUCUACUCCUCCACUUCUGCUACCUUUACACCCAGUCGGACUAGUACCGUCUCGUCCAAUGCGUCCGUUUCCAGUAGCCUAGGCCACUCCCGAGGCAAGAGCGAAACGAGCUCGGCGACGAUGAGAGCUCGCGGUGAACAAAGCUGGGCCGAUGCUGGAUCGACAUAUGACAGUAUUCGCCAAUCUCUAAGACCACUUCAACAGGUGCCGAACAACACCCUGGGCGCGUCCCGACCAAAUACAUAUCGACAUACGCGAAGCCACACGAUCGAUGAGGGACGUUCUCCGAAGGGAUAUAGGCCAGGCACACCAGAGACGCCCCGAGUUCAUUUCAAGGAGAAUGAAUCGCCUCAUCACGGUGCAUCCGCAUUUGAGCUACAAACUCCGCCAAGAGGGACCACGCCACAAAAUUUUUCACCUAAUGCUACACCAGGCUCAUCCCGUCCUUCCUCUCCUCAAAAAGCUCUAUCCAACAGCCCGCGCCCCCCAGCAUUGACUACCGCCUUGUCUGCUCCAGAGCUGGAGACAUUCCAAAAAUCAUCCACGCGUCACCUACGAACGUUAUCCAAAAUUGUGCAGGCGGGUGACGGCGAUGACUUUCAAUUUGGGGCCGCAACGCAAUCGGUCGUGGGAAUGCAAGGACGGCGGCGCCUAAAGCGUGCAGACUCUGUUGCUGGUGGACGGACUGGAGCAGUCUCACCAGAGAAGCCCAAAGUGUCCUCCUGGACCGCUGGGAGCUGGAUGGAUCAGCAGCGGCAAUUUCUGCAGGCUUACGAGUACCUGUGUCAUAUUGGUGAAGCCAAGGAAUGGAUUGAAAGCGUGAUCCACAAGGAAAUUCCGCCCAUCGUCCGACUCGAAGAAGCCCUUCGAGAUGGUGUCACUCUCGCAGAAGUGGUUCAAGCCAUGUACCCUGAUCGUGUGUUGCGCAUUUUUCGCCAUGCAAAGCUUCAGUAUCGCCAUUCGGAUAACAUCGCCUUAUUUUUCAGAUUUCUCGAUGACGUGGAGCUGCCAGAAUUAUUUCGGUUUGAGCUCAUCGACCUCUACGAAAAGAAGAAUAUCCCAAAAGUCAUUCACUGUAUCCAUGCCCUGUCAUGGUUGCUCUUCAAAAAUGGCAUGUUAGAUUUCCGAAUGGGCAACUUGGUGGGUCAGCUGGAGUUUGAGCAUCAUGAGCUGGAGCAGACUCAGAAAGGUCUUGACAAAGCUGGCGUUAGCAUGCCUAGCUUUGCUGGCAUGGCUGCUAAUUUUGGUGCUGAACCCGAACCUGAACCGGAGCCGAUUGAGUCCGAAGAAGAGAGAAUUGAUCGAGAGCUUCACGAGAACGAGCAAUCGAUAGUCGACUUCCAAGCUCAAAUCAAAGGUGCCAUGCUGCGACUCAAGUUGGGUACCAUAAUGAAUGAUCUAUGGGACUUUGAGCCAUUGUUGGUCGAGUUGCAAUCGCGGCUGCGUGGAGACUGGGCUCGACAGAUCAGCCAGUAUCGUCUGAGCAUGCGUCAGUUUGCCAUUCAGCUCCAGGCUAUUAGUCGAGGGUUCAUUGUGCGCCGCCGCCAGAGUGGAGAUAAGGUGUUCCGCGACACACAAGCCAUGACUGUUCUACAACUGCAAAGCCUGAUCCGUGGAUCGAAAGCGCGAGCAGAUGCUCAGCUAUUGCAAACGCGCGCUCGAAAGGAGGAAUCUGGCAUCAAGGAGAUCCAAGCUGCUAUUCGAGGUGCGCUGCAACGCAAGGCAGUUUCUGAGCAAUAUGAGCAGACACAAAGCGCCGGACAAGACGUUCUGACCUUACAAUCUAUGAUCCGAGGUGCACUGCAGCGCAAGGCAAUCGCUGAGCGAUAUGCACAGACACAUAAGGUCGAAAACCACGUUUUGAGCUUGCAAUCCAUGAUUCGAGGUGCCUUCCAGCGAAAGAAGCUCGCCGUCCAAUCGCGAGAAGUCUUGGAAAGCACCAACCCAGUUCAAUCACUGCAGUCGGCCAUCCGGGGCAACCUUGCCCGUCAGCAUGUUUCCCAAGUCAAAGCAUCUCUGGAAGCAGAAGAAAGCUCAAUUAUCCUCAUCCAGUCAACGAUCCGGGCCAUGGCGUUUAAGAAUCGGCACACCUCGCUUCUGCAGGCUCUGGCGGACACAGAAAAUGAAUGUACACGGCUGCAGGCAAUGGUGCGCGGCGCUGCUGCGCGCGAAAGUACCUCAACUCUCCGCUCCGAACUGGCCCAGCACGCAUCCGCUAUCAUUGAGUUGCAAAGUAUUUUCAGGCAAAAAGCCACGAGAAAGGCUCUGGAUCAUCAACUCGCUCAAUUGAAGCGGGAAGAAAAUCGCAUCCUGGAGGUACAGUCAUCGACACGGGGCUUCUUGGAGCGACAAACCCUAGCAAAACUGCAAGCUGAGCUUCAAUCUCACAGUGAUGAGGUUGAAGAUCUCCAGUCUCUUGCACGUGCUGCGCUGGAACGCAUCAGAGUGGGAGACAUUCUCUCGCAAUUGGAGGACACCGAAGAAGAUGUCGUCCAGCUUCAGGCGUUAGCUCGGGCCAUGCUUGUGCGCAUUCAAGUUGGUCAGGCUUUGGCAGAUUUGGAAGAGGAAGAGCACAUCAUCGUCGAUUUACAGGCCUGCAUUAGAGGACGAUUGAUCCGCCAUCGGUUUGAAGAACGACGCCGUCAUUACAAUCAAAACAUGGAGAAAGUGAUCAAGGCACAGAGCGUGAUUCGAGCUCGCAUCCAAGGCCAGGCGUAUAAGAGCCUGACCAGCGGCAAGAACCCCCCUGUGGGUACUGUCAAGGGCUUUGUGCACCUUCUCAAUGACAGCGAUUUCGAUUUCGAUGAGGAAAUUGAGUUUGAGCGCCUACGAAAAGUUGUUGUCCAACAAGUGCGUCAGAACGAACUCGCGGAGCAGUACAUCAGCCAACUCGAUAUCAAAAUUGCUUUGCUCGUCAAAAAUAAGAUCACUUUGGAUGAAGUCGUCAAACACCAGAAACACUUCGGGGGCCAUAUUGGUAACCUUUUGUCCAACACUGACAUAUCCUCCAAGGAUCCUUACGACCUCAAAGCUUUGAACAAGACGUCGAGGAAGAAGCUGGACCAGUAUCAAGUGUUCUUCUUUCUGCUUCAAACGCAGUCGCAAUACCUUGCACGUCUUUUCCGCCGUCUACGCGAACUGAACACAUCGGAUAAAGAAUACGAGCGGAUCCGGCACUUGAUAAUGGGUCUUUUUGGAUACUCACAAAAGAGGCGCGAGGAAUACUACCUCAUUAAGCUUAUUUCUCGUUCUGUAAAGGAGGAUAUUGAGACUUUUACUACAUUGCCUGAGUACCUCCGGUCGCACGCCUUCUGGAACAAGCUUUUUGCCUCUUACGCCAAAUCUCCUCGUGACCGCAAAUUUAUGCGUGAUGUCUGGGGUGCAGUUGUCAAGGAGUCUGUCAUCAACAAUCCGGAGCUUGAUCUCGAGAGUGAUCCAAUUCAAAUUUAUCGAUCUUCCAUCAACAAUGAGGAGCUUCGAACAGGCCAACGGAGUCGUCGGCGACCGGACCUCCCGCGCGAGGAAGCCAUCAGAGACCCAGAAACCCGAGAGACAUUCAUUCAACAUUUGCAGGAUUUGCGCGACAUCGCCGAUCAAUUUUUCGCCGCCUUUGAAGACUUCUUGUAUCGCAUGCCCUUCGGUACUCGAUACCUCGCCCAGCAGAUGUACGAGAACUUGCUCUCAAGGUUCCCCAACGAAGACCCUGGAUAUGUCCUUCAGACAGUUGGCCUCUGGACAUGGAAGAACUAUUUCCAGCCCGCCCUGCUGGAACCGGAGAAGUACGGUGUCGUUGAUAGGGGUCUGACGCAAGAACAGAAGAGAAACCUUGGUGAGAUUGCGAAGGUCAUUGCACAAGUGGCCUCAGGAAGAUUAUUUGGCGCCGAGAACGUCUAUCUCCAGCCAUUGAACUCAUACAUUGGUGAGUCGAUACAGCGACUUGGCCAAACAUGGGGACAAAUGGUUUCGGUACAAGAUGCUGAAGCAUACUUUGAUAUCGAUGAAUUCAAUGACCUCUACGCCAAGGCGAAGCCGACCCUAUACAUCAAGAUGUCCGACAUUUUCUCCAUUCAUCAGCUCGUGGCGUCUCAAAUCGAGGUCAUGUGUCCACACCCGGAUGACUUCCUCAAGCAGCUCGUCCGCGACCUUGGCAACGUGAAGAGUAACGAGAACGAAUUGAUGGGUGUCAGCUCCACCGAGAUCAACUUGACCUUGAAUCCAAAGCUUGCGCAGACUGAAGACCCCGAAGCCGACAUCAAAGCUCUUUUCAUGGAGACUAAACGGUGUAUUCUCUACAUUAUUCGAGUGCAGACAGGAGCAAAUCUCCUGGAAAUUAUGCUGAAGCCCCCCAGCGUCGAAGAUGAGCAACGGUGGCAGUCAUUGAUCCACGAAGAGCUGAGCUCAAGCAGCUCUCGUCGUGGUGCUUAUUCGGAAGCCACUACCCUUGUUGAUAUUGGGUCUAUGGAUUACACCGAGCUCAAGGACCUUCUCAAUGCUAUUGCAAGCGACAUCAGAACCAAGCACCGCCGUCGGGUCCAACGCGAGCGUGAAUUAGAAGGUGCACGUUUGACCUCUGCACGCCUCAGUGAUCAAGCAAUUUACCUGGACCAACAACUCAAGACCUACAAUGACUACAUUGAACAAGCCAUGAUGACACUGCAGAACAAAAAAGGCAAGAAACGAUUCUUGAUGCCUUUCACCAAGCAGUGGGAUCAUCAGCGCGAGCUUCAGAAAUCCGGCAAGGUUUUCAAGUUCGGCUCCUACAAGUACUCUGCGCGAACUUUGGCUGAACGUGGUGUACUCGUCGCUUGGAAGGGGUACUCUGAGCGACAAUAUGAUCGUGUGGACCUGACCAUCUCUAGUAACGAGGUCGGCGUGUUUACUAUUGAUGGAAGCAGCGGCAACAUGAUGGUCCCGGGCGCAAAUGCUCAAGUUCCCCUCGACGAUUUGUUGCAGGCACAAUUCAACAACACGCAGUUUAUGGAUUUCUUCGACGGGCAGAUGCGGGUCAAUGUCAACCUUUUCCUGCACCUCAUCAUGAAGAAAUUCUACAACGAAUAA